CCUAUUAAACGCUGGCGACUUCGCAAAAUCCCCGGUGAGCCGGCGACGCCAACCGCUGAGUUCAUGGUUUACGAACACCCAUGGUAGCCGCGACGUCUGCCCUUGAGCAAGCGUCGUCAUUACAGAGUGCCCCAACAUACUGCCCUCAGUUCAUUCAGUACGAAUGGGGAGUUGACGAGCACGACGCACAGACACUAACAACACAUACACGCCGCCCCCCCCCCCCUCGCAACCAGGCCCUCGCGGCCGCCCGGUGCUGGGCUGCCUGCCGCAGCUGCGGGCGCAGCCCAUGCCUCUGUUCCUUCAGAGCUGCGCCCAGACCUACGGACCCGUGUUCAAGGUGGCUCUGGGCCGCAAAUGGGUGGUGGUGCUGGCGGAUGCAGAGAUGCAGCGACAGGUCGGCUUCAAGCUGCGGGCCCAUGCGCGGACUGACCCCGGGGGCGCUACCACGCCAUGCUGUCGUCCAUGCUCCUGCGUGCCAGCGGCUCCACCUGGCGGCAGCUGCGUGCCGCCUGGCAGCCCGCCUUCGCGCCCGCCAGCCUGGCCGGCUAUCUCCCACUCAUGACCGGCUGCGCAGACCAGCUGGCCAGGCGGCUGGAGGCCAAGGCCACAGCCGCCGCCGGUGCUACAGCCGGCGGCGGCAGCAGUGUGGACAUGUGGCGUGAGCUGGGCGGCAUGACGCUGCAGGUGGUAGGCUCCACUGCAUACGGGGUUGAUUUCCACUCCAUCAAUGAGGAGGACCAGGCUGGUUCUGGAUCUGGGUCUGCUACUGCUACUGCCGGUGCUACAGCCGCCGCCAAGGGCCGUGGUGAUGACGGCUACGGCAAGCAGCUGGCGGCGGCGUGCGGCCAGAUCUUCCGAUACGGCAGCCCCGUGCACGGCAGCCCCUACCUGCGUGUGGCGAUGCUGUUUCCGGAGCUGCGGUCUCUGCUGUUGACGCUGGCGCACACACUGCCCGACGAGAAGUUCACAAUCCUAACGAAGGCCCGCACACGGCUGUGCAACACCGUCUUCCAGCUAAUCGACUCAUGGAAGCAGCAGCACAGUGCGGAGGGUGCGACUGCUGCCGGGGCUAGCAGUGGCAAGCCGGACGCUGGAGCCGGGCAGAGCAACAACGGCGUGGGGGCUGCCGCUACUGGUGGUCGCGGGCUGUCUGGUGUGGCGCCUGGGAGCUUCCUGGACCUCAUGCUAGGGCAUCGUCAAGGCGGGGGAAGCGGCAGCGGCGGAAAGAAGGCGGAGGGCGAGGAGGGUGUGGAGCACGCGCCCCUGACCGAUGAGCAGGUGGCGGGGCAGGUGCAGCUGUUCAUCUUGGCGGGCUACGAGACGACCGCCAACGCCCUGGCCUUUGCUGUGUACUGCAUUGCAACCCACCCCGAGGUGGAGUCUCGUCUGCUGCGUGAGGUGGAUGAUGUGCUGCCUGGGUCGGACCAGCUGCCCGGCGAGUCCGACCUGCCGCGCCUGGCCUACACGGAGGCGGUGGUGAACGAGGCGCUGCGGCUGUUCCCGCCCGCGCACCUCACCAGCCGCGUGGUGCCGCCCGGGGAGACGCUCACGGUCGGCGGCUACACCAUUCCGGGCGGCACCGCUGUUUACCUGCCCAUGUACCUCGCGCACCGCGACCCCGCCGUGUGGCCGCGAGCGGAGGAGUUCCUUCCCGAGCGCUUCCUGCCGUCCUCUCCGCAGUACGAGUCGCUGCAGCCGCGCGGCGCCGCCCAGCAGCACGCCCACGCGCCCUUCGGCUACGGCAGCCGCAUGUGCAUCGGCUACAAGUUCGCAAUGCAGGAGGCCAAGGUGGCCCUCGCCACGCUAUACCGCCGGCUGACCUUCACGCUGGAGCCGGGCCAGCAGCCGCUGAAGCUAGUUGCGUCUGUGACGAUGUCGCCGCGCGGCGGGCUGCACGUGACGCCGGUGCCGCGGCGCAAGCUGUGAGGCUGCAUGCGAUCUCCGGUGAUCUUGGCCGCCGAAAUGGCAGCCUUGCGCGCCUCAGAGUGCCGCUUGCCCUUCAGGCGAGCGUGGGCCCUGUCGGCGCGGCCCUGCCAGGCGAGCGUGGGAAGGAACGCCUUUACACCCUCGAUGUACAGGGCCACCAGCUGCAGGGCAAAUGUGGUCAGCGUCAUGGUGUAUUGGUGUAUUGGUGUCUAGAGAGCUUUUUGAGGACGCAGCAGCAAAUGCCCGCCACAAUCGACGGGAAUCGGCGCCAAAGGCCCAUGGGUCACACGUGGGAUCCUAUCCGACUGUUGCGGUGGUGAUGUGAGGAGGUGUCACGCCUGCAGGUUUGGUCAAGCGCUUAAUCGCUUAUCAUUACGGCAUGUCCUGGUUGAUGGCUUGUGCAUAGCAUUAACCAAACACAUUGUUGCUGCAUGUAACACUGCCAGGGCCUAAGACGGCAUGCCAGUGUCACUCAAGUGGGUCCGAUAGUCUGCUGGCGAAGAAGGGCUGCAAUACUUUGCAACAUAAGGUGGACUCUUGAGUGUUGCGCCCGGCACCCGAGACACGCUUUAUGUGAAGACCCAUUGCACGGUUGUGGCAGGUCGGCAGACAGCUGGGGCCUGGGGGGAGGGUGGUUUCCCUUCGGGCCGGAGAUGGUCCCUCUUGACCUGGGUGCGGGGCACCCUUGCUUGGCCGGACUGUCGCUUCUUUGUAAUGUCGCAAUUAC